GCUCAAAAGAAUUACAGCCGCCGCCCCGACCUGUUCUCCCCCAAAUCGAACCUCCUUUACCCCUCCUCUUCGACCGAUACCACCGCCGCCGUCGCCGCCGCCCCUUCCUGUUCUCCCCCAAAUCGAACCCUCCUUUAUCCCUUCUCCUCGACCGACACCGCCGCCACACCGCCCCUUCUGCCACCACCACCCCUCAGCCGACCUGUGCGACCGCAUCUGGAUCUAUGGCGCCAGUGCGUAGAGGUCGCGUCUCCUCCCUCCAGAGGCCUCUGAUGCAUGAGGUCGAUGGAGCCUCCCUCCCUCCGGCACAGCCACCUAAACGUCGAUGGCGCCGGUGCGUCAAGGUCAACGUCAGCUUCCUCCCCAGCAACAGAUCCUACGACGAACACCAAUCCUUCUCCAUUGUGAUGUGCGGCAACGGCAAGCGCAAGAGGAAGCAGUGCCGUCCAAGGGUCCACCACGGCAUCGGGCUCCUCUUCUCCGCGGCCCUUCACGCUGGCUAGCAUGAGAUGGCUCCUGGCCGCGGCUUCCUCUCCCGCUGACUGCGAGCGCGGUGCCUGCUCUCUGCUUAGAUCCGUGCCAAUGGAAACCCGAUCUAGGUGAGAUUCUCCAUAGCAAGGUAGUGAAUCUCUCCUUCUCUGCUGGAUGAGAACUGAUGGUGGGCGUUGUCCAGUUGUCCGUACGAAUCCAGAUUUCCCCUCCCUGCUACAUCUCUCCUUCCACCGAGACUGUCUUCUUAUUGCUGUUUUUUCUUUUUACUACCAAAUUGAUGCAGAUGCUAUUAGUGAAAGGAUUGGAGACUGGGUCUAGUAGUGGUAGGUUUUUUGAGAAAUUCCAAGUGCUCGGGAAUUGCAAAUUGUUUCAGCCAGGGGGUAAUUGCACUCAACAUGGAGGAUGGUACCCUUCAUCGUUUCCUUUCAACAAAUGCUAUUUUAGCAACAGGACUCAACAUGGUUAUGGCAGAGGUUACUUCUCUGCUAUUUCACCUCACACAUGUACUAGUGAUGACAAUGCUAUGGUUGCACGUGCUGGGUUACCCCUUCAGGAUCUUGAGUUUGUGCAGUUCCAUCCUACAGGCAUUUACGGUGCUGGAUGCCUUAUAACCGAAGGUUCCCGGGGCGAAGGUGGUAUUCUUAGGAACAGCAAAGCUGAGAGGUUCAUGGAAUGAUAUGCCCCUACCGCCAAUGAUCUGGCAUCUCGUGAUGUUGUUUCUAGAUCUAUGACUAAUUGACUAUGGAAAUUAGAGAAGGACGUGGUGUACGUAUGUUUCAGUUCUCUUGUUUUAUGCGAUUAUGCUUUAGGUGAUAAUCUGGUGUUGUUGGUUCUUCCCACAUCACUUGCUGUUUCUAUCCUUUAGCCUCAGGACCAUUGACCGACCAUCUCUACCUGCACCUUAAUCAUCUUCCUCCAGAAGUGAUACAUAUGCAUCUUUUAUACCCAACCAUCUACAUAUACAGAAUAUAACUUUCUUGUAGUGCUGCCGCCGGGAGAUAAAUCUUUGUAUGCCCUUCCACUAUUAAAUUUUGUUGUAAUUAUUCUUACUAUGUUGAGAUUGCGGUCUUCAUAUUUUAUGUUUUCUGCUCUUUGUGACAAUUCACAAUUUUCCAAGAUAAAUAACUCUCAUCACUAUUUGGGCACUAUAUUGUAAUGCUUAAUGCUUCAGGAAUAAGCGUGUGAAAUCUAAACACAUGUUUUAAGCAUUUAUCCACUUCAUGUGGGCAAUCCCCGUUGUUAAUAUACAAGAAAUCGCGUGCACAAGUUAAGCACUUAUUUGUAAAUGAUUUUUACACUGAAAGUUCUUAAUUUGCUUUGAGCACAUUACAUCUGUAGAUGUGGCAGAAGCCAAGUUAUUCCAGGAUAAUAUGCAAUGUUAAGUGCAAUUAUUUUCCUUAUGCUAACACAGUUUUCGCCAGCAUUAUUUUUUCAGCUGCUUGAUGGAAUCAUGGAAGGAACAUAUACAGUGCAGUAUGAAACGAGGAAUGAUCUGAUGAUGUUGAGAUGAGUAUGGUACCCAUACUGUAUCAUUUUUUGUUCAGAAUCUCUGAUGUUAAAUGGAGGGUGUUAAAUGUAGCCCUCGAGAAAAAAAUGGGACAUUGUACUACCAUAGUGAGCUCCACUGUAGAAAGUAAAAUAACCAGCCUUAACUAGGUGUAUAUUUGUUACUCUUAAAUAGUACAUAAGCUCUUGAAGGAAGUAAUUGCCUCAGAGUUAUGCCUACUCACCCCCGAGCCCUGAGUGAGGUAUGGUCACUGUGUGCUUGGCUGCUGGCUAGCUUCCAUAGUACGUACUAGAGGAGUACUAUACUGUGUGCUUGAUACCUUCCAUCACUUAGAGAAAUAGCUGCACGGAGGAGUCUAUCACUUAUAUUUGGUAAGCUAGAAGCACCAUCAGGAGUUGAGGACUUGAAAAGAGGUACAGAGGCAACCAAUGGGGCAAUAUUUUGAUCUCAUCUUACACAUUCUAUUAUGUUUGUCUUUAUUAUAUGUCAUCUUAUUAAUUAUUUAUAUAUACUUGCCAUAUUGACGCGUUGAUGUUUCUAGAAAUUUCCAUAUCCGGCAUCGUCUUACUCGUAUCGCCGUAUCAGUGCUUUAUAUGAUUUACUUGAUGCCUUGAAAGGAAAUAUGAUGAGAAAUUCUCUUCGUUCAUGUAGAUGUCUUUCUUAAAAAGUUGGAGCGGUGCACAUGAUUGUCUUUGAGUAUUGUAAUCAAUUGUAUCUCUUUGUCCAGGUUGGAAAUGUUCGUGAAGACUGGCCAAAGAUAACUUGCCCUAACCAUAUGCUCUGAGCUCACGUAGAAGACCUUACAAGCUUUGCAUUUUGUGCUUGUUACAUUCUGUAUAACUUGGAUGUAUUGAAACUAUAGAUGCUAAAUUAUGAUGCAAGUCAUCAUGUGUAAUCAGUGAAUUGUAUACAUUGUAACCAUGUACUUUGAUCAUCAGAUUUUAUAAUAUAAAUGUGCAGAUUCCUUUUA